GCAGUGUUCGAGCUGCUGAGGGACAUCGAAAAAGCCAACAAAGAAGGGCGCCGCGCCCUGUAUGCCUUCAUCGACUUCGCGAAGGCGUUCGACAGCCUUUCAUGGCCCGCCAUGGAGGCCAUCCUGCGACUUCAAGGAAUGCCAGAAAAUAUCUGUCGCGUGCUCCGCGACAUGUACCGGCGCAACGCAAAGUGGAGCAUCCGGCUGGGGAAAGACCGGAACACCGAACAACGAAAACAAAAGAGCGGCAUAAGGCAAGGCAG